AUGCCCCACCCAAUUCCCAUCUUUGUUGGCGCGACGCUGGCUGUCAUCGGCUCUGGCUAUGCCUUCAAGAAGUUUGUUUAUGAUCCCCACCUCGCGCCUCUGAUCGACGCCCUCAUUGCCCAGCACCGAGAGAACCGCCGUCAACGUCACGGGUACGAGGCCGUCCCCGUUCCCGUACAGUCGAGUCCAGAGCAUCAGCGACAGGCUCCGUCAAGUGGACGAAGUACAGCCCUGGAUCAACGGUCGCCGCGCCACCGCCGUCCAGCCGAAAUGUACGAGCUCGACGACGCGCGAGUGGUCGGCGACGAAAAGUCGUUCAUGCCGCCGCCGCGCCCCCGCUGCCCGGACGGUCGCAUGCGCAGUUUCGACGACCACCCCGUUCCGGCGCCGCACCGCAACGACACGCCCCGGUCUCCACCCUCGCCGCCGCCCAUGGCCCAGCCUGUCCCUCACCGUGUCAUCUCCGUGCCGCCGAUCCAGCUCAUCAAUGUCCACACACCGUCGUCUCCAGAGGCGGCCGAGGUCACACCCACCACCGCUCGUCCGAACAUGCCAUCGCUCCAAGCACCUGACUUGGCCGAGCGGGCCGAACAGCUCCAGCCUUCUGCUCAGGCUGAGACACGUGAGGACGAGGCGGCGGUGGCGUCUCCAUCGCGCCGGUCAUCUCGGUCAACUGUUAUCCUCGACCACUCAGGCCUCACCUCACCGGCUCCUGGAUCGUAUACAUCCUCACCAGUGUCGAGCUCCAUGGUGUCCUCACCCGCCCGUCAACGCUCACCGACGCUUGCCUCCAUCUCAUCUCCCACGUUUGGGUCCAUUUCAUCGACAUCUGCUGCGCCAACUGUCAGCGAUGAUCUUGAGGUUAUCUCUGUUUCCGGCACGACCACGAGCUAUGUUGACGCUGAGACUUACACGCCCCGUUCGCCCUUGUCGCCCUCCACUCCUUUGUCGCGUGCCAUGAGCCCGCCCAUCACCGUCGACAUUCCAGCGCUCUCCCUGGAGAAUCUUGCUGUGCUGUCGAUGCCCGCCCUGCCUGCUGUUGCAACUGCGCCUUCUGUCUCGUCCUGGGGCGAGGAUGAGCACUGGCGCAGCGACAGCGAGUGGGACGCGCUUAGCGACGCUGGCGUUGCUCCUUGA